ACUCACAAAAAACCCCGCGAAUUUUUUAUCCCGCCACAUCAAAACCUCCCUUUCUGUUUCAUUUCGCACUCGAGACGGUGCGUUUAGGCUCUGAGACACUCCGAGUGCUUCUUCCUUCAGCGAUUUAGGGUUUUGCAACAUCUCGAGCUAUGGAGCUUCGAGCUAGAGGGACCAAUGCCCGUACAAAACCCUAGGAAAUUACCUUCUCUUCUGUGUCUCUGUUAUGGGGAAGAGGAACACUGUGGUGGUGUUGUCAUCGGACAACGAAGACGUCGAUCGUUCAUCGAGCGCGAAUCGCAGAAAAACGCAAUCGAAAUCGAGCUCUUCGGUUCCGCGAACAAACCCUAGGCGAUCCAAAAGGGCUCGGGUUUCGGGUUCUCGCUCUAGCUUGGGCACGGCACCGAGCAAUUGGGAUGAGGUUAAAUUGUUUUGUGAAGAUUUUGACGAUGGGUUCAAGGUAUCUGCUGGUUCUGGAAGAAGCAACGUGAAGGAGUUAUGGGUGGAUAAAUACAAACCCUGUUCUUUUGUGGACCUAGCUGUUCACAAGAAAAAGGUCGAAGAAGUUAAGGUGUGGUUUGAAGAAAGAUUGAGAGGUUCAAAGGGUGCAUCUAGGAAUCAUGUUCUUGUCAUCACUGGGCAAGCUGGUGUUGGAAAAUCUGCAACUGUCCACGUGAUUGCAUCUCACCUUGGAGCCACAUUGUGUGAAUGGAACACACCAACUCCAAUAGUUUGGGAAGAACAUUUAUACAACUCCAGUGCAGGAAUACGCUACAUGUCAAAGUUGGAUGAAUUUGAAAAUUUUGUGGAGAGAAUAAGGAAGUAUGGAUUGAUCCCAUCAUCCCUUAAUGAGGGUUCAAAAUCAUCGUUUAUACUCUUAAUUGAUGACCUUCCGGUGACAAAUGGUAAAGCUGCCCUUGGAAGACUUCAAAACUGCUUGCAUCUUCUUGUGAAAUCUACCCAGAUACCAACUGCUAUAUUGGUCACUGACUAUGGUAAAGCUGAUUCAGCUGAUCACACCACUGGAUACUUAGAAGAAAUUCCAUCGUUUCUUGAAAGUGUUGGGGCUUGUAAGGUCUCCUUCAAUCCUAUAACAGAUAAUUCCAUUAAGAAAGUACUUUCUAGAAUAUGCAGAGAAGAGCUGUGUAAUGUGACUGCUGAACAGGUCAAUCUAAUAGCAAAAGCAAGUGGCGGUGACAUCCGACAUGCAAUUACAUCAUUACAAUUCUUCUUUCUGAAACCAACUCCGAGGAAUUUGUUGUCUUCAUUGAGUCCUGCGCCCAGGCAUGUUAAGGAGAACCCAGAUGAGGUAAAUGCUUUGGACAGCGGGUGUUCAUUCCAGUUUGGCAGAGAUGAUACACUUUCUCUAUUCCAUGCUCUUGGGAAGUUUCUGCAUAAUAAAAGAGAGACUGAAAAUGUCAUGACAUUGGACGGAGAUGCAUUUCAUGUGCGGGAAGGAUUGUCUAGACUACCACUAAAAAUGGAUGCUCCAGAAAAGAUUCUUUGUCAAGCACACGGACAAGCUAGACCUAUUGCCGAUUUUCUUCAUGAAAAUGUUCUAGAUUUCCUAAGCGAGGAGGCAAUAGAUGAUGCAUGGACAAUUGCUUCAUACUUAAGUGAUGCUGACUUGCUUCUUGCUACGUUCCGUGGAAUGCGAAGUAGACAGUAUGAGGCAGAUAAUGUUUUACAGUCAUCUGGUGCUUCAGUUGCUGUCCGUGGUGUGCUCUUUGGAAAUUUUCAUCCAUCGCCUUCCAGGUGGCAUGCUGUUCGCCGGCCAAAGCUCUGGCAGGUUGAGCAAUCAUCAAUGCUUAACAAGAAGGAGAUGGUGAAACGGAGAUUGGAUGCAUAUAAUGGAAUGUGCGGUGCCUCCGAUUUGACAGUUAUAGCUACCGAGUACACACCUGUGUUGAAAUGGCUUGGAUUUAGGGCAGGGCAAGGGUACAAGGAAGAAGGCGAUACCGAAAAGAUGAGUAUGGACGAUGAAGAGAGCGAAAUUUCGGAUGAUGACAUAGAAGAAUGGUAAAACAUAGCGACGGCUUGAGAAGUAUAAUCUUAGUUUGGAUUGGCUACUUCCUAGAAAAUAGGCAUUAAGUUUUUGUAAUUCUGAAUGUUAUGUUAUCUAAUCUGGUAUUAUGUGAAUAUUGGUUUGUGUAUAUACAAUUCCUCCGGCAGCUUGGUUUUAGCGUA